AUGCAUCCGUCGCGUCGCGGGAAAGAUGCUGUGCUUUGGCAGCCGAAGAAGCGCAAGACAUUGGCCGCGCACGAUUACAGCGACGACGACGACGCCAUUUCUCAGUGGGGUGGCACACAAGUUGACGUGCUACAGCGACGGCUCGCAGACCGCAGCGCACCGCCUGCCCGUCAAGAGGAUUCCGAUAGCGAAGACCAGGAUCCGUUUGACGAUGACGAGCCCUCGUCGACUGAGCGCGCCCGUGACUGGCUGGAUGCACUCGAGGGCCCGGACGACCUCACUCAGCAACAAAGACAGCUGACACAGAACGUUGCGUACUUGGCCGCGUUAGCAGAGGGUGUCCCUUUCGAAACAUUCAACGAAGCCGACUCCGAUGAUGAGGCUGUGUCCGGCGAAAGUGCCGAUGAAGUGGACGACCAGGCCCUAGUCGAGGACGACACUGCGGUCGAUCAAGCGCAGAACCAGGCCGAAGGCCCUGUCUUGCACCUUAGUGAAGCAGAUGAUUCUGAUGACGGUCUCUUCUCGCAGAGGAAGGUCACGUCUGCGACCCGCCGGAAGCAAUCUGACCAGGCCCUCGUCUUCCACCCUCACGAAGCAGACAUUUCCGACGAUGGCCUGUUCCCGCAGAGGAAGAGCCCCGCGAAUCGAUCAGACGAGGCCCACGUCUCACCACACCCCGACGAUGGAGACAGUUCAGACGAUGGCUUGUUCUCACAGAGAAAGAGCGCUAGGACUCGCUCGAAGCAGACAGACAAGGCUAGGUCUGGCAACACAGCCGAUGGUCCCAGCCCGACGAACGCUCAAGGCUCGUCGUCAGAUGCGUCUCUGCACAGCACCAAGGCUCGGUCUACCGACACGGCCGCGACCAUCGAAAUUGCAAAAGCCAAGCCCAUGUCUGCAGCUUCCUCGCGUACCAAGAACCGCCCGCAGAGUGAUCAACAGAACAGGGUCUCAUCCAGCAAGGCUCGUUCCCGUUUCGCAGAUCAAGACGAGCCCCCAGUCCAAGUCCAAGUAAGUGCAACACCUCCUCGCAAACGCAAGGAGCAAGCAAACCAGGCUCAGAUCUCUGUCAAUUCUCGACCGUCGCCACAAGAGGAACAGUCCAUCCCAGCUACCCAGACUCAGCAGCCAGCUCGAGACGACACUACGCCACGCACACCGACUCGCGCAUCAGGCCCUUGUCAUGAGCGAUUUCGCAAACCAUGGCUCGUCUAUCGUGUUCCGGUAAACAAAAGACCAAAGCCUCCUCAGUUUGGCGCGAAUGUGCAGCCCAAGUCCACACAUCGAGCGCCAGUCCGAUACGAGGAUUGGACCACGCCUGUUUACCAUCCUCAACUAUGCGGUGAUCCACAGCCUCAAGCCCAGAAGGUCUCCAUUGGAGGACCUGAAGAUAGAGCCACGCCGCAUCGGCCUUCGAAGCAAAAGGCUGCUUUGGACGAGGUCGAGGACUCAGCGGGCCAGCAACUAGUGGACAGCCCUGCUCUCAUCGAAGACGAUGAUACGCGACCUCAGCCUGCGGAGCAGAGUAGUCCUGCUCAGGACGAGAUUCAAGACACAUCACCAGCACGAAGACCUGUGCCUGACGAGAUCGAAGACACAUCAUCGCAACCACCACGAAGCUCCGUGCCUGACGAGAUUGAAGACUCAUCCUCACAACACCCUGCACCACCUCAGCAGACUGCGGCCGCGCAGACGACCACUCUCCCUCUGUACUCCAUCUUCCUACGCCACGCACCCGCCCAUACCCAAGCUCAAGUCCAGGACAUCAUCAAGUCCUUCCCCUUCAGCAGCGUCGACGAGGCUCGGUCGCGCAAGAUCCGCAUAUAUAAUGACGAGGGCCUUGUCGCACUGGCCAAGCAUACGCUCGAACUCGAGAACGAGGUCUUCUCCGUGCUCGAGGGUGCAACACCAGGUGCUGUGUAUUGCAAGGGAUACAUGAUCCUCGUCUCUUCUCAUCCAUUGAUAGUCAACACAUGUCUGAAGGGCAGCUGGACCAAGUCAUACAAACGCGACCCUGCUCUGCGUACAGUAUUGAAGAAACUCCGCCACCGCGCCGAGGGCAAGAGGCACCCGUUCAUUUAUCUCAACGAGCUUUGCGAUGACCAGGGCAAUGCACCGACAGCGAACGAGCUGCUUCGUGCCCUCGACAAAGCAGAAGCAUACAUAGCCAACGACCGUGACUUGGUCAGGCGCGUGGACAAGUGGAUUGGUUCGCUUGGAGUCAAGGCCGAAGCGACACCCAACUACCGCCGCUACAUGUUCAACAGCAAGUACAGGCCCAGUUCCAAGCGCCCUGAGCGCGCCAGGACGUUCUUUCGAAACCUCCGUGCCCGUAUUGCGAAGAUCCCCGCUGAUCAGCGUGACCUGCCUCUUGAAAUUCCUCUCGUCGAGAUAGGAUACACAGACAACAUACCUGAGCGCCUGGACUGCCACGCUAAGCACAGAGGAUCCAAUUUCCUCAUGAACAUGCUUGAGGCUAUCCUUGGGCUCGAGGGUAGCAGAUACCGCAUCCAUCAGUUCGUGAUACACUCCUGCGUUGCGCAAGACCAAGUCGCUAUCGCCGAGAUUCUCUUCACACGGCUGAACGAGGGCUACAUCGGCAAUGCAGGUGGAUUCAGCUUCUAUCCUGCUAGUAUUAGUGUAGGAUCUGGAUACAAAUACACCGCCAAGAUUUGGGAGGAGGCAGAGAGAUGGGCCCUCGACAACAUGCUCAAGAAAGAGACCCAUCAGAAGGAAAAGCUUCGUCGUUUGCAGAACUUGAACCCAGAGGACGCAGAGCUGGAGACAGAGUUGCAAGACCUGCUCAAGCGGCGUGCAGCUUUGCUUGCAUCGAGUCUGCAGCGGGAAGCGGACAUGGAAGAACCAGGCAUAGAGGAUGAGGGCAUGGACGAACCAGGCAUGGGGGAUGAGGGCGAGGCUACGCUCGAAUUGGCGCAGGAUGAGGAGUGUCUAGAGGAAGCUGUGGCGCCCAUGGUGCUCUCCGCUCAGCUGGCACGCAUUCUCCAGGCAAUGGAUGUUGCUUCCAAGGCCGAGUCUUGA